AUCGUACUUUAGUACAAGUACAAUUAUGUUUAUAUCAAUGUGAAUGUACUAUGCGUUCUACUGUUAGAUUACCACUCAACUUUUGCUGAGCGUAUAGCGUUGUCUUUGCUAUACGCAGUACACACUCUUCCAAAAUCCAUCAUCCAAACUCUCACCAAAUACAUGGCCAACUUCCUUUGGGGACAAAAGGGUGGCUCACAAAAACACCACUGGGCAAGAUGGGCACAACUUACUAAACUUGAGGUAGAGGGAGGUCUGAGGAUCAACAGUUUAAAGGAUCAUCAACAAGUGUACACACUUAAGCUUUGGUGGAAGGCAAGAAAUGACAUGGGAAUGUGGGGACCCUAUAACCUUGUAUCCUCUUUCCUCUCUUCAUUUAAUAAAACUUCCUCUUAUGGGUGUUCUACUCCGAAUAAGGCAGCUAAAAUAUCACUUGACCCUGUGACUGUGAUUGAGGCGAAAACAGAAACAAGACAUACCUACAAGGAAACUAUCAUCGAGGUUGAUGGUCAAUUAUUCAUCAUCGAGGUCAAGGGACAGGAUGACUUUGAAUCAAUGGCAAAACCUUUGGACGUCACUAAAGAUGCAACUUCAGCAGGUUCUAAAGAUGAAGAACCCCAAGAGUUUGCUGCAAAUGACACAUUUGACGCAAGCCAGGAUAAUGAGGAGACAGGGAACCAAACAGAACCAGAAUUUGAUUGGGAAGAAUAUCAGGUCACAACUGAUCAAGAAGGAAUCAACACCAAAACGUUCUAUUGCCUCUUGUUUUUUGUCGGCAGAGGUGCUGAUGACAGUAACCCGAAGGCUUUGGUGUACUUGACAAAAACCUUGGAUGAGGGGGAGCGCGAUGAACAAAGUGAUUCUUUCAUAGUUGGCAUGAUUCCUAUAGUCAUUGCUGGUUGGGUUCCUUCUGUGUAUCUUAUGCUUGGACGUAUUCCUAGUGUGGUUUUGGGCUGUGCCUUGAUGUUGGAACUGUGGUUUUAUUUUGGUCACCUGUACCCUGGGAAGUAUGGGGCUGGAAAUGCUGCUGCCAUGCUGCUGCCAUGGACUGUUGAAGCUGAGUUUGGAAUCACCUGCUGUUUCCCACUGGAUGCUACUGUGGUGCUGCUGUGUUUGGGGUGAUGGAGUGGAUUAAACUGUGGUUUUGGGCUGUGCAUUGCUGCUGGAACUGCUGCCUCGCUUGGUGGUGUUUUGCCCGAGAAAUCAUAUAAUGAUCAUAGUUGACUGUUGGGGCUGCUGAGCAUCUUUUAUCCCACAACUUUAUUGUGUUGGGGAGAUACUUGCUGUGCUGGAGAGAAAUUGGAUCUGUUGGGGAGUUAUUUUUGCUGAAGUGUAGAUAGAAGCUUAUUUUGAACUUUACCAGUUAUGUCUGCCUUGCAGAUGUAGGAGUUUAAUUCUUUGAGUUUUAUGAAGCUUUAUUCAGGGUUUUACCACCGGCGAUCUACGCCGCCGGUCUUGAGCACCGAAUUCAGACCUUUGCCUAGCCUUCAACCACACGUAGGUUGGUUUACCCGGUGAGGCUCCAGCACGACUGUCGGAAACGAAGUCGUUUCGGAAGGCUAUGUAA